AUUGCACUCCUAAUUAAUUUUUUUAAAAAAAAGUUGUGCAAAAUCUAUAUACAUGCCAAUUAUUUUGAGAUGCCGGGAGUACAGUACAAUACAAGGAAAGAAAAUAGUCCUUGUUUUCAAUUUUGGAAAGAUUUUCAUAGACCACUGUAUGGAAGAUUUCUUAUAUAGGAAAAGAUGAUUCGAAUGUUCAUGGUAAUAAAAUUGGAGUUCCUUUCUUCCUUAUUUUGUUUUUUAUUUUUUUGAAAAUUCUAAUUCUUGAAUGUGUUCCUCCAAAUUACCUUGUUGAUAAAGGAGUAUUUUAGUUCUUGAAGCUGUUUCUGGGGAUGCCAAAUCCUACGUGAAACAGAAGCAAGGUUUCCUUGGGUGAUGCAAAUUCAGACAGUCUCUGUUUGGUAACCGAAAUAUCUCACACAUUUGUCACACAAUUCAUCAACUCUGCUCUUCUUGUUUUCAUCAAUUCAUGAAGAUGUCAGGAGUAAUGGUGUUGGUCAUUUAAUUUUGGCAGUUGCUCAUGUUCUGCAGUCUGCACAUUUCGAUACCAUUUGCAAAUAUAUGCUCUUUUAGCUCUCUAGGAUUGAUAUUUAAAACUCAAAAAAAGUAACAUGCCAACUAUGCCGACGUGAUUUGAUCAAUGCGUAAUUCGAUUGAUAGAAAAUAAAUUGCAAUCACAAACCAAAUACGAAAAACCUAAUUUAUUGAUAAACAAUAUGGGUACAAUUUUGUUUGUGUCCUUAAUUCUUUUCUCUUGAUUUUCUUUUUGAAGGCCAUAAGUAGCCUAUCUCUCGAGCAUAGGAUAAUUUGGACCUCCUAAUAUAUUUGAUUGCGAGGAACAUUGGGCAGACUCUGAGAAAAACGGUAAUCUCGUAUUGCUUUAUGAGAUAUAGAAGGUGUCUCUUCAACGGAAUAUUAGGAUUUCACAUAGAUUAGCAUCCAAGCUAGUAUUUAGGAUUAGAUUAGACUCCAAGAAAUUUAACAGGCAUUGGGUCUUUUCGUAGAGUCCUGUAAAAGUUCAAUGUCCAUCAUUCCCUAAAUAGAAUUUACAUUACCAAUUUUAAUCCGGAAAAAAUAAAUUGAGAAAGGAAGUAAAGGAAGAAGCAUUAACACCACCGUUAAAUCAGCAAUGAAUAAAUUUUCGUCCACCUUAUACCAACAGCAUAAAUAUCACUAAUCAGACGAAAAAGGAGAUUUUCACAAAGCUUAUGCUGAAGGUAAGUGUUAAAUGUUACAAUUAAUAAUCACUAAUCAGAUGAAUGCACAAGAACAAGUGAUAGAUUAUCCUAUACAAACCCAAUAUUAAAUUUAGCUAAUGGCUAGGCAUUAGUCAAAUAUUAGUGCCAAACCACAAAAAUUAACUAAAUUCAGUUGCAAGGUGUUAAUUAUAGUCAUUUUCUUCAAUAUUGGCCUGUGGAGAAACCGUUAGGGACAUUAGUCCUAAGUCACCUACAUUAAUUUAUUUAUUCUUGUUUUUUCUGUCCCUUCAAACAAAUGACUCUUCUCAGGUAGUUGGACGCACGCAUUGCUUGUUCAUCUUGUUUUCUAUUUCUCUGUAUUCAUUAUUCAAUAUUCUCCCAACAGUCUCUACAAAGAAGCCAAGUUCACUGUACCAUUAAAGAACAAAAGAGCAUACAUACCACACUGCACAUAACUUUUGGUUGAAUUAACGUUGAGAGAAGGAGCGUCGCGAGUUAUUAUAGAGUCAUGGUUCUUGGACAGAAGAAGAAGAAAAAGGGUGCUUCUUUCCAAAUUGAUUACAUUGUACAUAUUCAGUUGAUCAGGCCUUGGCCUCCAUCAGAGUCUUUGAGAUCUGUUCAAUCCGUAUUACUUCAAUGGGAGAAUGGUGAUCGGAAUUCUGGAUUUGUUACUUCGUCUGUUGAGGAUGACUAUCUUGAAAUUAACAAGACUUUUACUCUCUUCCUGACAUUAUGUCGCGAGAAGAAAUCAAAAGAUAAAUUUCUGAAGAAUAACUUGGAGUUCUACUUGUACGAAUAUACAAAGGAUGAUGCAGCUCAAGGUCCGCUACUGGGGACAGCUUCGAUUAAUUUUGGAGAAUAUGGAAUUAUCAGAGAUACUUUAGCCAUUAGUGUUCCUUUAAACUGCAAGAAGAGUUCGAAAAGCUUGCUGCAGCCAUCUCUAUAUGUUAAGGUACAGCCAGCAAAAGAUAAGCAAGAAUCAGACAUGAUGAUUGAUGAUGCUGAUGAUGAUUCUGAUUUUGCUUCUUACACUGAUGAUGAUGUUUCGUCACAUUCAUCCUCGACUUUUUCUUCUUCUGUUUUUGAAGCUGCUUGGGGUUCACCAUCUAACAAUGUCAAGGUUGCACGGGCGUCACCAUCUCGGCUUGAAAAGAGUGACUUUCACGAAGAGGCAGGAAGUGGGACAAGCAAAAAUGAAGAAAAUGCUCAGCAUGCCAAAGAAAAAUACAUCGAUAGAUUGAUAUCAAAAAUUACAUCUUCACAUAUGCAUAUUCAGGCAGGUAUGGACAGUCAAAAUAGUCUGGACGAAACAGCAGAACAUGAUUUUGGACAGGAUAAUCAUCUCCUUGAUGACAUAAGAGACUUGUCAGAAAACAAAAUAGCUAAAAGUAUGAAAAGACAAGUCACAAUGAGUUCCAUUCGGAAAGCUCUUGGAGUUCAGAUUACACAUGGUCGACUGAAGCCAGUGAAGUCUGUUCAGAUUAGAGACACUGCGACUCCAAAUAUGUUUUUGGGGAACACGGAGAUUGUUAAGAAUGAAAUGAAAGAACAUACACCCAUUGAAACUAGUAGUAUUGCUGAAAGUACAGUGGAGAAAAAAGAACCAAAGAACACCGUGGAGAAAAAAGAACCAAAGAACACCGUGGAGAAAAAAGAACCAAAGAAUAAUACCAAUACUACUUCAGCUACUGAAAAAAGAGUUCCUGCAAAUAUUUUGUCGAAGAGUAGACCAGAAUCAGAGUCUAGAGUUCAGAUGCUUGAGGAAGAACUGAAAGAAGCUGCAGCUAUUGAGGUUGCCCUUUAUUCUGUAGUCGCUGAGCAUGGAAGUUUGAUGAACAAGGUUCACACCCCAGCCAGGCGUCUUGCUAGAUUUUAUCUCCAUGCUUGGAGAACAAAAUCUCCUGCUAAACAGGCAAGUGCUGCCAGAGCCUGUGUCUCAGGAUUAGCUUUGGUUUCUAAAGCAUGUGGAAGCGAUGUUCCAAGGUUGACCUUCUGGCUGUCAAAUUCCAUUAUGUUGAGAGCAAUCAUCAGCCAAGCUGCUGCUGCAGGACUGCAAUUUAAUGAAGGGGCACCUGCUGAAGCUACUGUCAACAGAGGUAAGUCUGCGUUAGAGAAAAUAUAUAUGCAGCAAAGCAUCAAAUACAUCUCCAACCAAGGGAACAAGAAUUAUUUAGUUAAGCAAUCUUAUAACUGGGAGGAUAUCGAAUCAUUCACUCAAGCACUGGAAAAACUUGAAGGCUGGAUCUUCUCCAAAAUCACCAAGUCUCUUUGGUGGCAGACUCUGGCUCCACAUAUGCAGUUUGUAACUGCAAAAACUAGUAAGACUAAGGGCUUAAGGGUGAAGAAAACACAUGGGAGUAGACAUUCUUUGGGUGAUCAAGAUCAGGGUAAAUUUUCUGUAAAGCUUUGGAAAAGGGCUCUAAAGGAUGCCUGUGAAAGACUUUGUCCUCUUAGGGCAACAGGGCACAAAUGUGGCUGCUUACCUGUUCUGCCAAAGUUGGUAAUGAAACAGUUGGUGAGUAGAUUGGAUGUGGCAAUGUUCAAUGCUAUUCUUCGUGAAUCCUCCGAAGAAAUGCCAACAGAUCCAAUAUUUGAUCCUAUAAGUGAUCGUAAGGUCCUUCCAAUUCCUCCUGGAAAAACUAGCUUCGGAGCUGGUGCACAGUUGAAAAAUGCCGUUGGAAGCUGGUCUAGAUGGCUUACAGAUCUUAUUGACUUUGAAGAUGAAGAUUCACCAGAGUAUAGUAACAUCUUUGGAAAUGAUAAGAAAACAGAAUCAUUCAAGGCUUUUCGUCUCCUUAAUGCAUUGAGCAACCUCAUGAUGCUUCCAUUUGAAAUGCUCAUAGAUUCAUCCACAAGAAAAGAAGUCUGCCCAAUAUUUAGUCCAGCUUUGAUCAAAAGAGUCCUCACUAAUUUUGUCCCAGAUGAGUUCCGUCCAAAUCCAAUUCCAAAAAAUGUCGUUGAGACCCUGGAUUCUGAAGAUGUACCUGGAGAACACCACACUAGCUUCCCGUGCACUUCAACAUGGACAGUGUAUACACCUCCUCCAGCAUUGUCUCUCACCACUUUUAUAGAGAAGGUUGGAAAUCAAGUUCCAAAGAGUACAGGGUCAUCUGUGCUAAAGAAAACAUACACCAGUGAUGUUGAGCUUGAUGAGCUAGACUCACCAUUUACUUCGUUCCUAGCUGAUAGCUUCAAGGAUUAUCCAAAUUUGGCAAAACCUGCAAGGAAUGCUGUCAGAUACCAACUUCUCCGUGAAGCAUGGAAACAGGUUCCACAGUGAGAACACCGCCAAGUUUACAUAUUGGAAAUUUGAUCAGUUCCGGAGAAGUAAUGUGUUAUUUACGAAAAAUUCCAAGUACUUGCUGCAGUUGGGAGUUGUAACAGACUCCAAAGGCGUAUAGCCUUGUUUCUGCUUUUUACCAAUGAUCCAUUGUACAUUUAAAAUUAUGGGUUCUGAAUUAGUAAUUGACAUUUUAGUGGUCUUUUACAUGUUUAUUGCUUUGUGUCGAAAUGAUGAGUUCAAUUGAAUCCAUCAAAUCCUCAGUCAAUCUGCCUCUGUUUAAACUAUUAAAAAGAAGUAGCACCUCAUAUGCAUAGCUCCAAGGUUUAUCCAAAUUUAGGAAAAUCGCAUAACAUGGGAAGCCGUUCAACAGUGAGGAUACCAGCAAGUUCAUAUAUUGAAAGUUUGAUCAGUUUCUAGAAAGAAAUGAUGUGUUUAUUUUCCUUUUCAUUGAAUAACAAACAUUUCCAUGUACUUGUUGGAAGUGGGGGUUGUAAUCCACUCCAAAGGCUUAUAACAUUGUUUCUUA